UGCUCCUUUGCUGUUAAAUCUUAAAAUCCCCAACACCAUUGGAUGGGGCCAGUAGGAGUACUUUUUACUGAAAUACUUGUAAAAAUACUUGUACUAGUACUAUGUUGCUUUCCUUUUUUUUUCUUUUUUCUCUAUUCUGAAUGUGAUUGUUGCACUUUGUACAAUACAAUUUAUUUUAAAGCUUUCUUUACUUAAUAUUUUUGCAGAUUACUUAAAUUAUAAUUGAUCAAAGUACAAUAUUUAAGCAAUUAAAAUCUUCAACGGCUUUAACAAUAAAGAGAUAUAUACACAUCAAAAAAUCAAUAAUUAUAAUCCAGUAACAUCAUGUAUAUGACUCAAGUGUCAUUACAUAUGUGGAUGAUUAUAACUUUUACUUAAGUAAAACGUCUAAUUACUUUUUUACCCUCAAAAUUUAUGUUUAAAUUGUUAUUCAGGUCUGCUUUUCACAUAAUAACUCUGCAUUAGGACUCAGGGUUGCAUAUGAGCAUGGACUUGCCCCCCUCCCCCAUUUGCCAUCCAAUUUUUAAAAAUCAUUUAAACACCCCUGAUAUCUUCUUUGCUUCCUCUGCAAAUGUCUAAACCAUCUCAACCUUGCCUCUCUAGCUUUGUCUCCAAACCGCUCGACCUGAGCUGUCCCUCUGAUAUGCUGAUUUAUAAGGUCCAAUGUCCAUAUAAUGUCUAUAUAAUGUCCAUUCUUGUUGAUCCCAGUGAAAAUCUUAUCGUCAGCUUGGCUUCCUGUUUUUUUGUGGGUGUUACCGUCUCCAAACCAUAGUUCGCAGUAGAUCUCACAUCCCGUCUUGUAAACCUUCCUUUCCCUUUCUUGCUUUCCCUUUCACUCUUGCCAUUGUUUUCAACCUGCUGUGUGAAACGAAUGUUUUAACUUUACCUCACUUCUACAUCUAUCUCGUCUUCAUCAGCAUGCCUCUUUCACCCUCUUCUUUUCAUUUCUUAUUUAGUGAGCCUGAGCUCCUGUGUAUUUGUGCCCACUAGCAUACACAGACACAAUUAGUCAAAAAAAACACAGUAGGGAAAAAAAGGCAUGUGAAACAUGAGGCAAUCAAAUAUAUUAACAAUAUAAACCAUUUUAAUAAAAGGAAUAAUCAGAAUAACUUUCAAAAAUCAGUUCAAAUGGUGUCCCACUUUAACUGAAAUGAAUGACCCAUUUUAUCUAACACAUUACGGUAAACUGGGCCAAGAGCUAAAGAGACUUUUCUUCAUUUUACAAAAUUUUAUCUGAGAGAGGUCAUCAUAACAAGGAUUAUGAAUUUGUAGAUGUCUCUUUGCUUGUUAUUGAUUUAUUAACCUUAUUAUUAACAAGUGAGAUUUCAUAUGUUCAGUCGCUUGUCAUCUGACAGUUUCAAAACGAGGUGUUCCCCUUAGCAACCUCAGACCAAAUAAGAUCAAAUGCUAAAUAUCAGGUAAUGUUUUAGCACCUGUUUGAAAUGCCUUGCAGUCAGUCACCAGCUGUUAACCUUUAAAGAGAUGAGAUGCUAAGAUCCUAAAAUAACCCACUUUACCUACAGGCCCAAUUUUCACCCAGAGCAACCACCUUUUUUUUUUUCCACUGCUCAGCAGACAAAAAAAUAGCAGUUAAAAAAAAAGACUGACUAUGAUCCUUUAAUGUGAAAUUAGACUUGAGUAAUGUUACUAGCUUGUUUAUUAAAGGAAAACGCUUAGGAUGUUGCUACAGAGUUUAAUGCUAAUGUCUGUGGAAGCUGAGCUAGGGUCACAUAGUACAGGUUCACGACCAAAUCAGCUUAAUCAAAUUCAGACGGUAUGCUGGAUGUGAUCUCAAUUACUGGUAACAAGUAUGCAGUCCCACUGUUGCUUUAUCACGCUACUCACAGAAAAACAUGCCUCUACUUGCAAAGAGACAGCUGUUUGGCAUUGAGGCCCCUUCUUCUGUGGAACUGACGGGCUGGAGGAAAUACUUUAAUAGCUACACUCUGCAGGGUCGCAGAAAUUGUGUCUUGGCUACUUAUGGGAUCUUGGCAGUAACGGCAGCUGCCUACUUGAUGCUUAGACAAAAGAAAAAAGAAAACCAGACAUCCACCUCCACGGCCUGAGAGGCUGACAUCUUGCAGUCAUGCGUUUUCUCUGUGAUGUGAGGGGUACUGCACCUUCAAAUGUCUCAUCUAAAAGUUACAGAAUGUUAAUAAAUUCUUUGUCCGUGCUUGUCUGAUCAGUAUUCAUUGAUAUAAUGAACAAUCCGUCUGCUGCUGCAGAAACUGCAACAAAAUCCGCAAUUUUCUUAUCCGUUUAUUACCCUUAAAGCAGCGUGUGUUUUCUCUAUAAGAAAUAUAAAAUAAUAAGAAUGGCAUUUUUUACGGUUUGAUUCAUGAAUGCAUUCACGUUCAUGACUUUUCUUGUAAUCCUUUUUGAAUUCUUGGCCGCAGGUUGAUUGACGAGGUAGUCGGUUAAUAUGCGGUCUAUUGCCAUGCUUGACAUGACAUGGAAAUAAUUGCAGCCCUUUGACUAUGCGCUUAUGCAAUAAUUGUUACGCUAAGCUGACAGAACAAAAAGGAAACAAGAUUCUUACCUGAGAUCUCACACGCAGGCACCUGUGCUGCUGCUGCUGCUGCUGCAUCACUGAGGUUUACACUUACUUUACACCACUGGGCUUUGUAUAGCAUGAUGUGUGAGCCUUUCUUUCAUUUUGUUAUAAAUAUAAACUAAACUUGUAUAUAAACUGAAAUAUAUCCACAAAAAACUAUUUUGAAAACAAACAGCGCUGUAGUAGUAAAACCAUCAACCCAUCCGUGAUGCGGAUGUAUGUUUUAUAGUCUGUAUUUGUGUAUUUUUCAUGCAGCUGUAACAUUUUUAAAUAAAUAUAGUUAACUGCAUUCAAACCAAUCUAAAAUUCAUUGUGCGUACUCGCUACACACACACACACACACACACACACACACGCUCUGCUGUGAGAUCACAUGAUUUCAAGGAAUCUGCAAGCUGAAGUGAAAGCGAAAGUGCGGUCGCGAACACCUGAAUCAACGGUUUAAAGUGCGCAUGCGCGUUUGAGCGAAAGAAGGAGCGCGUACGGUCUCUGAAAACGAAAGCAUCUUUUUUAUCAAACGAGCUGCGACUUUCUGGGGGCGAGAAGCCGACUGUAGCUCACUGCUGCGACACCAUGGCGUCUCAAAGUGGACUGAGCAACAGAUGACCAGCCGGGAAGGAGUGAAUGAUGGAGGAUCUGCCAGUGAAAAACGGAGUAACUGGUGCAACAGGUGGUCAAGAGGAGGAUUGUUCUUUGUAGGAUGGUCAGAGACAAUUGCAAUAAAGUGGUAGUACAAAGCCCAAAACAGAGCCACGCAGCCGAACCACAGAGCCCGAGCGAGCCCUCUGAAGAACACCGGGAACAGAGCCCAAGCAGAGCGGAGUCGAGAGAGCGGCGGCUGGAUUUACUGCACUGGGUCAAAAACAACUAUGAGGAAGACGCUGAGCUCUGGGAAGUGACUGGAGCUGAUUCCGAUGGCUUGCCCACACACCUCCGUCCGUUCACCAGCGAAGAGGAGUAUAGACUAGUAAAAAGUACUUACCAGCAGCUUCUGCAGAGUGAUUACUACUGGGGACCCCUGACCAUGGAAGAAGCCCACGGAAAACUCAAAAAUGCUCCUGCUGGAACUUUCCUCAUCAGGGACAGCGGGCAGCCGGAUGUUUUCUUCACUCUGAGUUACCAAAGCGACGAUGGCCCGACGAGUGUUCGCAUCCAGCUGAACAAGCUGCACUUCAGUCUGUUCGGCAGCCAGAGGACUUUUCCUUCACUCUUUGCUCUGCUGACUUACUACACCAGCUCCUGCUGUAAACUGACGGUGCCCUUUCGCAUUCACCGCCCAGAGGGCCUGAAACAGAUGUGCAGGAGGGCCUUUGUAGGCGUGUUUGGAGCAGAUAGGAUAAGCACAUUACCUGGUCUCAACAAGCAAGUGAGAAGCUACCUUUGGGCAUACCCUCACCCUAUAUAGACGCAUGUGCUCCAAGUUUCUGUGUCAGGAUGUUGUGCUAUCACAAGGAUAAAGAAUGUUAUUUCUUACUUUUUAAAGAAGUUAUCCUUUGUAUUAUAAAUGAGAGAUAAUAGAAGAUCACUGCAGGUGACUGCUAUGAAUGAUAUUAUUGGAGACACAAGCGAGUAGAAGGACAUAACCAUCAGAGGUAGAAAUGGCUACAUGAGGUAAUUCAGGCGACCUGCGGCACAGAUGGACAACCUGAAGGUUUCUGGUUGUUGAGAGGUUAUUUGCACACCUUCUGAAAAUGUAUUGUUUUACAGAUUUGACAAACGUGUUAUCGUUGUUUUGGGGUUUUUUGUUUGUUUUUUUUUGUUUGUUUUAUAUGCACUGUCAGAAGUCAACAAUUAUUAUUUAUAUAACUAAAGUUUCUAGCAAUUUUCCCUGUAAAGGCUGCACCACUGCCUGUAUGAUGACAUUUCAGUUUGUCGUGCAUAUGAAAAAUGUCAUAACUGCUGCUGUUUAAAGCUGCACUAACUGAUAUCUGAACUCAUGAACGCAUGAGCAAGCAGCCAUGUCAACAGCUCAUGAACGUGAGGGUAAAUCAGCUGUAAAAAUCCACUUGGAGUGAUGGUUUCUGGCUCGUUCCUUCUUCUCUUUCUCUUUCUUUUUUGUGUUGCUUGUUUGGUAACAUUAGGGUAAUUAUCUCAAUAUCUUGGUACAAGGGUUCAUUUGCUCUGGAUGAUGGGGGGGAAACAGAGUAACGGAUUCUAACUGCUACAUUGAUGUUUAUAAUUCACAGAAUUUGCAGUUAAUACGAUUCCGAUA